AUGGAGGCAUCGUUGGCGAGAAGAAAAGAGAUUUUCCUGAGGCUUCCAUUUGAGGAACACCUUGUAAAAACUUCCAGUGGAUUUGUUUCUGUUGCCAUAUAUGGAGAUCAAGAGAAGCCAGUUCUUAUUACAUAUCCUGAUUUAGCUUUAAAUCAGCUUUUGCAGUUGGGAGCUGCAGCAAUGUCAUAUAAUGAUCCAUUGUUAUCUGUUGAUGACUUAGCUGAUCUGGUUGCUGAGGUUCUUGACUAUUUUGGACGUGGUGCUGAUAUAUACAUGGGAGUAACAAUUGGUGCGUAUGUACUCACCUUGUUUGCUAUAAAAUAUAACACGACGUGUGCUUGGACUCAUCAUUGUUUCUCCUUUAUGCAAAACUCCUUCAUGGACAGAAUGGUUGUGUAA